AUGUAUAAUAUGUUUGCUGCUGCUACUAAAAGUUUUGUUAAGCAGGUUGGUGAUGGAGGUCGAUUAGUUCCUGUCCGUAGCCUCAGUGAAGCUGAUAAAUAUCAACCUCUCAGUCUUGUUAUCAAAAAGAAAAACUGCUUUCUUUUUAAAAGUUCAAAAUUUUUGUCAACCCCAUUCGGCCUAAAAGACAUUCUUCAAGGAGAGAAAGAAAUUUCUGCAGGUAUUUCAUCCUAUCAAUUACUAAAUUAUGAAGACAAAUCUGAUGUAGCCCUUAAUGGCAAGCAAGGAAAUCACAUCAUGAACUCUUCUGGACUCAGUAUUGCUGGGUCAGAUUCACUUGCAGUGAAGGCUUCUUUCGGUAUUGUAACUAAGCAUGAGGUUGAGGUGCCAACAUUGCUCAGAGAACUAACUAGUAGAAAAGUGGAUUUUGAGCACUGCCUUGUUCGUCAGUCACGAGAAAGUAGAAGAACGGUUCUCUGUGUGGUAAUGGAGAGUAUUCGAACAACUCGACAGUGUUCUCUGUCUGUUCAUGCUGGUAUGAGAGGUGACACAAUGAGAUUUCAUAUUAUUGAUGAACAUAAUUACAAAGGAUGUGACAAAGCAAUUGUCUUCCCUGCACAUACAACAAUUGCAUUCAGCAUAUUUGAACUUUAUAUUCGCCUGGAUGGUGAUUUUGAACUUUGUGUUGCUCCAGAAUCAAAAGGAGGAUUUGAAAAAGAACCAUCAAGAUCAUUUUCACUAACCAAAUUAAGGAAAAAUUUGUUUCGUCGAAACAAAAGGGUGAUGGAUAUCAUUGUCCACUCGGAUAAUUAUUUAGAUGACCUUUUUGCAGAUUAUUAUGAAAAAACAGCAAGCAUGACUGACAUUUCAACAAACUAUUUUCGAGAAGGAGCCCAUGUACGAGUUAAUUUGCUUAAUAACAACAUUCCUAAAGGUCGUUGUUCUUUAUGUGGUAUGGGGAAUUCCAGAAGGGAAACAGUUUAUGGUUGCCUUGAAUGUUCUUGUAAUGGACAAAAGUUUGUGCGACUUCAUGCUGUGCCUUGUUUUGAUCUCUGGCACAAAAGAAUCAAGUAG